AUGCUUCUACGAAGUGGCAAGAAGGUGCAGUUCUCAAAAUCAGAAGCAGCAGGAGUGGAGGAUGACCAAGUAUCCGGGGAGCUUGAGAAGGAAAAAGUAAGCACCCCGCCAGAUGUUCCUAAAACCUUUGACAUUAACUCUCCGUUUCCUGGCAGGUUGGCUAAAGCCAAAAAAGAGGACUCAGUGAAGGAGAUCUUGGACACCUUUAGGAAAGUGAAAAUCAACAUCCCUUUGCUUGAUGCGAUUCGGCAAUUACCAAAAUAUGCAAAGUUUCUGAAGGGGUUGUGCACUAACCGAAACAAGUUGAAUGUUCAAGACAAACUAAAGGUCGGUGAAAAUGUAUUAGCAGUCCUUCAAAGAAAGUUACCGCAAAAAUGCAAGGAUCCAGAUAUGACCUUAAAUUUAGAACCUCUAAAAGAGACAAGGGUAGUAAUUCAACUAACUGAUAGGUCAAAUGUUUAUUCUGAGGGUGUAGUUGAAGACGUCUUAGUAAAAGUUAAUGAGUUUAUCUUUCCAACUGACUUCUAUAUUGUUGACAUGAAUGAUGAUACCUCAGUUAAUUCAGCUGUACUUCUUCUGGGUAGAUCAUUCAUGAGUACUGCUAGAAUAAAGAUAGAUGUACAUGAAGGUACCCUGUCUGUAAAAUUUGACGGGAAGACAAUUACUUUUAACAUUUUUGAUGUGAUGAAAUACCUAGAUGAUACUGAGUCUAUUAAUUAUUUUUGUGUUACUAAUUCCAUUGUGCAAGAUCAUUUUGAGCAGAAUCUUAUGGCGGACAAGCUGAAAUUUAUGUUACAACAGAGCAAGAUGAAUGAAGAGGUGGAAAGCGUGGAUGAUGAGGAUACUGUAGAAGUAAUUAUGUCACUACAUUCACUUCCUGCAUUUCCUGACAGGUCAGUAGACGCAUUUUUAUCAUUGCUUAUUUCUAAUGAGAGAAUUUUACCCUCUGUUGAACAGGCACCAGAGUUGGAAUUGAAGGAAUUGCCAAAGCACUUGAAGUAUGUUUAUCUAGGAGAUCAUAACACUCUGCCGGUCAUCAUUGUGAGUGAUCUGACAGCAGUACAAGAAAAAAAAACUCUGACGAGUGUUGCGAGAGUUUAA